GACGGGCCCUUUCCACUGCCUGCUUUUUUGGACAGAAGUCACGGCUGCUCGAGGGGCGCAGUCCCGGACACUAGGGUGCCACUCACGCUCUGAUGCCCCGAGUGCUCUCGGCUUCCAGCUAAUCAUGCCACAGCCGCCCGCCGCUGCCUUGGCGCUGCCCGUGCUGCUGCUUCUGUUACUGCUGGUGGUGCGGACGCCGCCUCCGACUGGCGCGCGGCCACCCCCAGUUCCUGAUUACCUGCGGCGCGGCUGGCUGCGGCUGCUGGCGGAAGGCGAGGGCUGCGCUCCCUGCCGACCAGAAGAGUGCGCCUCGCCGCGGGGCUGCCUGGCCGGCCGGGUGCGCGACGCGUGCGGCUGCUGUUGGGAAUGCGCCAACCUCGAGGGCCAGCUCUGCGACCUGGACCCCAGCGCCCAUUUCUACGGGCGCUGCGGCGAGCAGCUUGAGUGCCGGUUGGACGCAGGUGGCGACCUGAGUCGCGGAGAGGUGCCCGAGCCGUUGUGUGUCUGCCGCUCGCAGCGCCCGCUCUGCGGUUCCGACGGCCGCACCUACGCUCAGAUUUGCCGCCUGCAGGAGGCGGCCCGUGCUCGGCCGGACGCCAACCUCACCGUGGCGCAUCCUGGGCCCUGCGAAUCGGCACCCCAGAUCCUGUUGCACCCAUAUGACACUUGGAAUGUGACAGGGCAGGAUGUGAUCUUUGGGUGUGAAGUGUUUGCCUAUCCCAUGGCCUCCAUAGAAUGGAGAAAGGACGGCUUGGACAUUCAGCUGCCAGGGGACGACCCCCACAUCUCCGUGCAGUUUAGGGGUGGACCACAGAGGUUUGAGGUGACGGGCUGGCUGCAGAUCCAGGCUGUGCGUCCCAGUGAUGAGGGCACCUACCGCUGCCUGGCCCGAAAUGCCCUAGGCCAGGUUGAGGCCCCAGCUAGCCUGACAGUCCUCACACCAGACCAGCUGAACUCCACAGGCAUCCCCCAGCUCUCAUCCCUGCACCUGGCUCCUGAGGAGAAGGCUGGGAGUGAAGAGGGCGAAGAUUACUACUAGGUGCAGAGCUGUGGCCCAUGGGGGUGGGUGAGUGGGGGUAGUUUUCAUUCCCGCUCUUGAAAAGAUCUGGAAAGGCAGAGCACGGCCCCUUCACAGAUUGAUUUAAUGCCUUUAGUGGGAGAGAUGUGAUGGUGAUGGGAGAGACAAAAAUUGAAGGAGGGUAAGAAGAGAAUCAGAGACUAGGGGAGGUGGGAUGCAAAGGGGCCCAUGCAGGAGAUGCUCUGACCCGGACAGUCUUGUGUGGACCAACUGGGCAGAACGUAACAGUUGCC